GGCUGGCUGCUUGGCGCCGAGCCGAAGUGGACGCAACUUCCACAGGACAGAGCGGCCGCCGCCGCCUGGAGGGGGGAGAAGCGGUGCGAGCGGAGCGCCUUCCCCUUUUGCCCCGGGCCGCCUGCCUCGUUCUCCUCCGCGCCCAUUCGGGGCUGGCGCGGGGAGUAUGAAAGUUCCGCCUCCUCCCUCGCCGCGGCUCCGACAGGGCUCUGGCCGCUUCCUCCUUCCCCUCCUCAGGAAGAACGGCCGCUUCUCCCCACUGCGGUGAGAGGCUCUGCGGGGCGUUGCGAGAGGCGGGCAGGCGGCGCGGCUGCGGCACUUCUCUGCCCGGCCUGUGAGGAGCGCCAACGCCUUUGGCCCCCCCGCAUCAAGUGCCUGCAGCCGCCUCGGAAGAGGUCAGAUAGCGGGGAAGCCGCUCGCCGGCCUGUCCCUCGACACGAACCCUGACGAGCCUUCCGGGAUUCCCCUGCCCGCGCCUGCUUCUCAACCACCUCUGGAGACUUCUUUAUUUUUCUUGCCUUUUAAGAUGACUUAAUGUUGUUUUCCAUCCGAUUCCGCUUUUGUAUUUUUGCGGGGUUGUUUUUCGAGGGAAAGGAAGGCAAGGGACCUCUUCCUGCUGGGCAGACUUUUGGAGGUGAAGAGAAGGAGAACUUUCUUGGCUAUCUGAAUCUUUCUGCAAUUGGGGAUUUCUCGGUAGGGACGUUUCCAAGUGGCUAGGGACGCGAGUCACUUUUUAAUCUCACUGAAAACGUGUACAGCAAACAAUCAACGAUGGAGUUGGGCAGGAUGGAUUAUUUCUGUGAUCAGGUGCAGCAGAAAGAUGUGGGCCGCAGGAUGCAAAUCGGCCCAGAAUUUCUGGAGUAUCUGAAUGAUCCGGAUGUGUCCUCUGACAUCGAGCACGACCAGCAGCGCCUUGAUAAAGUGAUCGAUGAUUUAACAGGAUGGGUUAACUCUAGCAAUUAUAAGGUAUCAUUACUUGGAUUAGAUCUUCUAGGUGCCUUUGUUGACAGAUUGUCGGGACGUUUCAAAUCUUACCUAGGAACUGUUCUUCCAGUGUUGAUGGAUCGAAUGGGAGAUGCCAAAGACCAGGUUCGAGAACAAGCACAGAAUCUUGCUUUAAAGCUAAUGGAUCAGACAGCUCCACCAAUGUAUGUUUGGGAUCGUCUUGCUGCUGGCUUUAAGCACAAGAACUAUCGGUCACGAGAAGGAGUGUGUCUUUGUCUCAUUGCAACCUUAAACAACUAUGGCGCACAAUCCUUAGUUCUCAGUAAAUUGGUUCCACACUUAUGCAACUUGUUCGGAGACUCCAAUAGCCAGGUGAGAGAUGCUGCAAUAUUGGCAAUUGUGGAGAUUUAUAGACACGUAGGGGAGAAAGUAAGGUCAGACCUCAACAAGAGGGGAAUUCCUUCUGGAAGAUUACAAACAAUAUUUAUGAAAUUUGAUGAAGUGAAAAACUGCGGCAAUAUGAUUUCAAGCAACAUCAGUGAUAAAAGCUUUGAUGAUGAAGAAUCAGUGGAUGGGAAUAGGCCAUCUUCAGCUGCUUCAGCCUUUAAGGUUCCUGCGCCUAAAAAGCCUGGAAAUCCCUCAAAUACUUCAAGAAAGCCGGGUUCUGCUGGCGGGCCUAAGGUUGGAGGCACAGCCAAGGAAGGAGGAGCGGGUGCUGUUGAUGAAGAUGACUUUAUAAAGGCAUUUACAGAUGUUCCUGCUGUACAGAUCUAUUCUAGUCGUGAACUCGAAGAAACGCUAAAUAAAAUCAGGGAAAUCUUGUCAGAUGACAAACAUGACUGGGAUCAACGAGCCAGCGCGCUUAAGAAGGUCCGGUCACUGCUUGUUGCUGGAGCAGCACAAUAUGAUUGCUUUUUUCAGCAUUUACGGUUGUUGGACGGAGCAUUUAAACUAUCAGCUAAAGAUCUGAGAUCACAGGUUGUUAGAGAAGCAUGCAUUACUGUAGCCCAUCUUUCAACUGUUCUGGGGAACAAGUUUGAUCAUGGCGCAGAAGCCAUUGUGCCUACUCUGUUUAAUCUGGUCCCUAAUAGCGCCAAAGUCAUGGCUACUUCUGGAUGUGCUGCCAUUAGAUUUAUAAUCCGUCAUACCCAUGUGCCCAGACUCAUACCCUUAAUAACUAGCAACUGUACCUCAAAAUCUGUUGCGGUUAGGAGGCGCUCUUUUGAAUUUUUAGACCUGCUGUUACAAGAGUGGCAAACUCAUUCCUUGGAAAGGCAUGCAGCUGUCUUGGUCGAAACUAUCAAAAAGGGCAUUCAUGAUGCUGAUGCAGAGGCAAGAGUGGAGGCAAGAAAGACUUAUCUAGGUCUAAGAAAUCAUUUUCCAGGUGAAGCAGAGGUGCUGUAUAAUAAUCUUGAACCAUCCUAUCAGAGAAGUCUGCACACAUACUUGAAAAAUUCUGGUAGCGUCACGUCACUUCCACAGUCAGACAGGUCAUCUUCCAGCUCACAGGAAAGCCUCAAUCGCCCUUUCUCUUCAAAAUGGUCUACAUCCAGCUCAGCAAGUCUAGCCGGCAGAGUUGCAGGGAGUACCAAGGCUGCUCCAAGCCCGGGAACGCUGCAGAGAUCUCGCAGUGACAUUGAUGUCAACGCUGCUGCUGGUGCUAAGGCACGUCAUGCUGCUGGUCAGCCAGCAGGAGCCGGACGCUUAGCAGCAGCUGGCCUACCUCCAGGAUCCUAUGCUUCACUAGGACGUGUGCGAAGCAAGCUUUCAACACCUUCUAUGGGCAUUGGAAACUCAAAGACAGAUUCCAGGGGCCGUAGUCGAACAAAAGUUGUGUCACAGUCUCAGCCUGGUAGCCGUUCUGGUUCUCCUGGAAGAGUUUUGACUACAACUACACUCUCGACUAUGAACACAGGGGUUCAAAGAGUGCUAGUCAGCCCUGCAACAGCACAGAAAAGGAGCAAGAUUCCUCGAAGCCAAGGUUGCAGCAGAGAGGCCAGUCCUUCAAGACUAUCAGUUGCGCGAGGUAGUCGCAUUCCUCGACCUAGUGUGAGUCAGGGGUGCAGUCGGGAAGCCAGCCGUGAAAGUAGCAGGGAUACAAGCCCUGUCCGCUCUUUUGCACCCCUUGGUACAGGUUUUGGAAUAAGUCAGUCAAGUCGGCUGUCAUCUUCAGUUAGUGCCAUGCGAGUCUUAAACACAGGCUCAGAUGUGGAAGAGGCAGUAGCAGAUGCUUUGAAAAAGCCAGUACGAAGGAGGUACGAGUCAUAUGGAAUGUAUUCUGAUGAUGAUGCCAACAGUGAUGCAUCUAGUGCCUGCUCAGAAAGAUCAUACAGCUCUCGCAACGGCACCAUCCCUACCUAUAUGCGGCAAACAGAAGAUGUAGCUGAGGUCCUCAAUCGUUGUGCAAGCUCCAACUGGUCAGAAAGAAAAGAGGGUCUUCUGGGACUACAGAACUUAUUAAAAAAUCAGAGAACUUUAAGCCGUGUUGAAUUAAAAAGACUGUGUGAAAUCUUCACACGAAUGUUUGCUGACCCACAUAGCAAGGUGUUCAGCAUGUUUUUGGAAACUUUGGUAGAUUUCAUCCAAGUCCAUAAAGAAGAUCUACAGGAUUGGCUGUUUGUGUUGCUGACACAACUGCUGAAAAAAAUGGGUGCUGAUUUGUUGGGGUCUGUACAAGCAAAAGUUCAAAAAGCACUUGAUGUAACAAGGGAAUCAUUUCCAAAUGAUCUCCAGUUCAAUAUUUUAAUGAGAUUCACUGUUGACCAAACUCAGACGCCCAGCCUGAAGACAGUCAAGCCAGCACUGCAGGACCAGCUACGCUCUUUUUGGAGCUCUAAGGUAAAAGUUGCAAUUCUUAAAUACAUAGAGACUCUUGCACAACAGAUGGAUCCAGGGGAUUUUGUAAAUUCAAGUGAAACUCGUCUGGCAGUAUCUCGAAUUAUCACUUGGACAACUGAACCCAAAAGUUCAGAUGUUAGAAAGGCUGCACAGUCAGUAUUGAUUUCCCUUUUUGAACUCAAUACUCCAGAGUUUACAAUGCUGCUGGGUGCUUUACCAAAAACUUUUCAGGAUGGUGCCACAAAGCUUCUUCAUAACCACCUCCGAAAUACAGGAAAUGGUAGCCAGGGAUCCACGGGAAGCCCUUUAACAAGACCUGUUCCUCGCUCACCAGCAAGUUGGUCUAGCCCCCUCACUUCUCCAACCAAUACAUCCCAGAAUACUUUGUCACCAAGUGCAUUUGAUUACGACACAGAAAAUAUGAAUUCAGAAGAUAUUUAUAGUUCUCUCCGUGGAGUGACUGAAGCAAUUCAAAACUUCAGUUUUCGUAGUCAAGAGGAUAUGAAUGAGCCUAUGAAACGGGAUUCAAAAAAAGAGGAUGUUGAUUCAAUUUGCAGUGGAUCUGGAAUAGUAGAUCUGCGAGCAGGAAGUGGAGCUCCUGAUACAGGCCGAACAGCUCUUGACAACAAAACCUCAUUACUUAACACGAUGCCUCCUCAUUCUUCCCCACGGUCACGUGAUUAUAAUCCAUACAAUUACUCCGAUAGCAUUGGUUCUUUUAACAAGUCAGCUUUAAAAGAAGCCAUGUUUGAUGAUGAUGCAGACCAAUUUUCUGAUGAACCUCCCCUGGACCAUUCUGAUCUGGUUGCAGAAUUACUGAAAGAAUUAUCAAACCAUAACGAGAGAGUUGAAGAAAGAAAAGCUGCUCUCUAUGAGCUCAUGAAAUUGACCCAAGAAGAAUCUUUUGGUGUUUGGGACGAACACUUCAAAACAAUUCUGCUUCUGUUGCUAGAAACUCUUGGGGACAAGGAGCAUGCGAUUAGAGCGCUGGCAUUGAAAGUCUUAAGAGAAAUUUUAAGGCACCAGCCAGCAAGAUUUAGAAAUUAUGCAGAACUUACAAUCAUGAAGACAUUAGAAGCUCAUAAAGACCCUCAUAAGGAGGUAGUAAGAUCUGCUGAAGAGGCUGCUGCUAUGCUGGCCACAUCCAUUAGUCCAGAUCAGUGCAUCAAAGUACUUUGUCCCAUUAUCCAGACGGCAGAUUACCCCAUUAAUCUGGCUGCAAUCAAAAUGCAGACAAAGGUGAUAGAAAGAGUACCUAAAGAAACCCUUGCUCAGCUCUUGCCAGAGAUUGUACCAGGUCUAAUACAGGGCUAUGAUAACUCAGAGAGCAGUGUUCGGAAGGCUUGUGUCUUCUGCCUUGUAGCCAUUCAUGCAGUAAUUGGUGAUGAACUGAAACCACAUCUCAGUCAGCUCACUGGCAGCAAAAUGAAGUUGUUGAACCUUUACAUCAAACGGGCACAAACAGGCUCCGGAGCAGGUGAUACAGCAGCAGAUGUUUCUGGACAAAGCUAAUGAAGCCUGUUGCCCACAAAAUAGGUCUUGGGAAGAAAAGAUAGACCAUUAACAGUAAAAGGAAAAGUCUCAAACACGCCUUUUUGGAACUCUUCAUUUUUGUUGGGAUUUCCUUUUUUAAAAUUUUUUUUUCCCUUCAUGGAGGGCUACUUUCCGCCUGCAUGUGACUGUUGCAGUUUUUUCAUAUCCAAGAAAAAAAAACCAGUAUUAAUAUCAUUUGAUUGACACAAAAUAAAUUUUUAAAAUGUAAUCCAUCAUGUUUUCUGUUCACACUCCUCUGUGUGUCUCCCCAUUAAUUUUUACCAGUGUUAUUGUACAUUUUCUUUAAACAAGAACAACAACAACAACAACAAAAGCAAACUGAUUAAACCAGAAUGCAUUAAACUCUAAAAGUGAAAAUCUAAA